GUUGAUUUUGACAAAAAAUAAUAAUAAUACCAUGACUACCACACAACAACAAUAUUUAUUGGUCAAAGCAGAAAAAGCUAUUUUAUCACCUCAACAUGCCACUGCACCUACUCAAGUUUUAAUUGACCAAACCACUGGCAAGAUUAUACAAAUCGGUCAAGCUAUUGACAUUCCCAAAGAUACCCAAAUUCUGACUUUAGAUAAUGAUCAACUUUUGAUGCCUGGUCUUGUUGAUGCUCAUGUCCAUUUGAAUGAACCUGGACGUACGGAAUGGGAAGGAUUUGAAACAGGGACCAAAGCUGCAGCUGCUGGAGGGAUUACCACGGUGAUUGAUAUGCCUUUGAAUGCUAUUCCACCUACAACGACACCUGACAAUCUGGAUAUCAAACUGAAUGCGGCCAAAGGACAAUUACAUGUGGAUGUUGGUUUCUGGGGUGGCGUGAUUCCUGACAAUAGUCAACACUUACCUGCGUUACUUGAUCGUGGUGUACGUGGAUUUAAAUGUUUCUUGAUCGAAUCUGGUGUGGAUGAAUUCCCAUGUGUGAAUGAAGAACAAGUUCGUUUAGCCAUGGAUCAAAUGAUUCAUUCUGAUAAGGUGCUUUUAUUCCAUGCCGAAAUGGACUGUGAUCAUUGUAGCAAUAAUACAAAAGAAUUGGAUCCUCGUACGUAUAAUAGUUUUUUACAAUCAAGACCUCAACAAUUGGAAACAACCGCCAUUGACAUGAUCAUCCGUUUGACACGUGAAUAUUAUGAAAAGGGAACACCUGUCAAUACUCAUAUUGUUCAUCUCUCUGCCGCUGAUGCUCUGCCUGCCAUCCGCCAAGCCAAGAAGGAUCAUUUACCUCUCACUGUCGAAACUUGCUUCCAUUACUUGAAUUUUGCCUCUGAAACGAUUCAAGACGGUGCUACUCAUUUCAAAUGUUGUCCUCCUAUUCGUGAAGCCAAUAACCGGGAAGCCCUUUGGACGGCUCUUUUGGAUGGCACUAUCGAUUAUGUCGUCAGUGAUCAUUCUCCUUGUACUGCUCAACUCAAACGAUUGGAUACUGGUGAUUUCGGACAAGCCUGGGGUGGAAUUGCUUCUGUACAAUUUGGAUUACAUAUACUUUGGACAGAAGGUCGUCGUCGUGGUGUAACACUUCAACAAUUGAUUCACUGGUUGAGCAAGGUACCAGCGGAACGAACACAAUUACAUCAUCGAAAAGGAGAAAUCAAGGUUGGAAAUGAUGCUGAUUUAGUGAUCUGGCGUCCUGAAGCUUCAUGGAAGGUGGAUGUCAAGGAUAUUCAUUUCAAGAAUAAAUUAUCUCCCUAUGUCGGUACUACCUUUUAUGGUGUGGUGGAUCAAACCAUUGUUCGUGGUCAAACUGUGUUUGAUCGCUCUUCUUCUUCUUCUUCUUCUUUUGCCUCUGUGCCUCUUGGUCAAACUUUAUUAGAAUAG